UUUAGAUGUAACACACGAGGCAACAUCGGUGCAUCCUGGCGUGCUUGAUCGAACAACGCGCACGUUGGGCACGGAGGAGUCGAGAAACGGACUGCACGGUGACGCACGCGACUUGGCGACGCGUAUAACGCGGUGAAGUCGUACUUUGGUGACCAUGGCCAAGCAUUUCGUGACGUUAUUGUGGGUGUCGGCGGCGUUGACCGCGACCUUGGCAUUGCCGACCAGCGACAAGGCCAGCGGAAGUGAGAACGAUCUGGUGGCGAGCAUAUACACCGAUUGUUUGAAGAAGGAGUCCAUCAGCUGCAUCAAGUACAAAGUAUUCACGUUUGUCGACAAGAUGCUGGCCGACAAAGAAGACAUUACACUAUCUGAAGGCAUCACUGUUGUAAAAACGUCCAACGCCGAGGGCGAAGGUGCUCCAAGAUCUAUCGAAUCCAGCGAUUUGGAUACAUUAUUGUUCGAUCGUCUUGGAAGAUUCCUGAAGACACAUUCAGUCAAAGUUGACCUCAAGGGCAGCGAUAUUUUGGGAGCGAUUGAGUCCGCUGGACGCAAUUUCGAGGAUUUCAGCGACAAUGCUGUCGAGAGCCGUGGAAAAAAGAAGAAGGCGCAAAAAAUCUUAGGACCCCUGAUGAUGGCCAUGGCCCUGAAAGCGGCCGCUUUAUUACCACUGGCACUCGGAGCGAUCGCCAUGAUUGCUGGCAAGGCUUUGCUCGUGGGCAAGAUCGCUCUCGUGAUCUCAGCCAUCAUCGGACUGAAGAAACUUCUCGGUUCUCACCAGAAGCACGUGACUUACGAAGUAGUCUCGCAUCCGCAUCACACCAGCAGCCAUGUCAGCCAUGAUGACCAUGGCGGUUACGGUGGCGGCGGCGGCGGCGGCGGCGGCGGCGGCGGUGACUUCGGCGGUGGUUACGGUACCAGCGGACACGGAUGGGCCAGGAGUCUGCCACAAGAUGCUCAUGAAAUUGCGUAUCGCGCCCACCAACCCCAACCGCAAGCUUGAGCGGUACCAUAGAAAGUUUCCGUCCCGCGCCGCUUCUCGCUUCUCUUCCAUUUUCUUCUGAUGAUUCUCUUCCCUUUCAUUAUACUCACGCCUGCUUCACUCGCUGCAUUCCUCGUUAUUUCUUUCCUUUUUCCUUUCUUACUUAAACUGUUGCUAUGUGUAGUCUGUCUCCUACUUUCCAGGAAAAUAUGCCGCUACCUAUAAUUUCCAAUGUUAUUCUCGAUUCGAGAUUUCGCUAUUUUCAGUCUAAAAUCUUCUCGAAUUAAUCGAUCGAUCCUUUUUUCAUGCUUACAUGAACUCUUUUAUAUUCGAAUUCUUGUCUUUUUUAACUUCUCUUGUUCUCUCUUUUAUUUUAUCUUAUAUAACAUGGCCGAUUCCGCGGCCAGUCACCAGUACCUCUGGGAGAUGCUCAUUGUUUUAUAUACGUAGCCUUACGUGAAUUCGUUAUUUAUUCGUUGUAUCUUAUAUAAUUAAUAUUUAUUUAAUGUUCGACUGCGUGCUUCCAUAUGACACCUCCUGUUUUUGUAAUAAAAAAAACAACAAAUGA